AGAGAGAGGGAUAUAGGUGGAGAGAAAGAGAGAGAAGGAGAAAAAGUGCAUGAAUCUUAAAACCGAUCCUUCCUCCUGUUAAACAGCAGAGAAACCAGCGGAAGAGUGCAGAGAAGACCUCCAGGGAUAAACAAUUCUGUCCUAUUUGACAUGCUGUCUAGUGACGGGUCGAUCAUGAACGAUUCGUUCAUUUUGAACGAAUCUUUAAUAUGACUCGGGAACAACGAGUUGUCUCAGAGAGUGAUUCGUUCACAGACUGCAUAGCUUCAGCCUGUGGGGAUGUGACGAACGACUCGGAUCAGGAGCAGCAGCAUGUCAUGGCAGAACUGUGUGUAUAGAGGGAUACUGCACCAUUUUUCACGAAGACUGAGAGAUGAGUUGAGGGGACUAUUUCACACCCACUGCUCCAGAACCUCCAAAACAAGUUAAGUAUAUUAAGUGUGGUCAUCCAUUAUAUUCAAGAUGAAACACUUCUGAAUUUGUUUAGCAGUUUGUAUAACAUGUUUGCAUUAUAAAGUGCAUCUGGUCAUUGUAUUACCAGAGAUAAGAAAUGAAAAGAUUGAGAAGAUGUAUGCCCAUACAUUAAAGAUCUAACAACUGUUAGUAAAUGUGUUUUGGGUAUAAAGGCAACUCUAAGCCUUCUGCAAAUAUAUGCCUGUAUGAAUUUUUAAAUAAGCAAUAUAAUUCAUGUUACUAGAUGCCAGGUUAGAUACAAUUCUAAAGGUCAGCUCUUCAAUUCCUUCAUGCUGCUUUCACUAAUUAUUACAAUGCAAAUUUUAGACCAGAUUUAUAGUUAACACAUUCUGCAAUUAAACUAAUUUAGGACUUUCAUUAAACUUUUAGCUGUUUUUAUUUUUAAUCAGUUUUGGCUACCACUUGUAGAUAACGUUUUUCAUAAUAUUUUUGUUGCAAUGUAUCUGUAAACAGCUGUCAGUGACGUGAAACCAGCGAGCCAUCUGUCAUCUAACAAUUAAAUGCUGAUGCGUUUAAAUUAAUAUAGAGAUCACAUAUGAAAAAAAAUAAUAAUAAAAUAAAAAAAAUCUGUUGGAUAAGGUGUAAUGGACUGCAGCGCGAGCGUGAACAAACGCCCGUUGACGAGGUGCGCAAAACGUGUAACUCUGCAAUACCACCUUAAAUGAGCGCCUCGCAUCGGCGCAGAGCGUAGCGGAUGAUUCUCCUCGCAAGUAGUCCACCUUAAGCGCACAUAGUGGGUAAACGCAGGCGUACAGCGAGGCUUCCGCUUCAUUCCCAGCCGGGCUCGCAGCGGAUCACUUCGGAGACAAGAGAGAGGCGCUCGGCCAAAGCAAACGGAACCAGUGCUGCAACAUGUCGGAGCCGAAAUACCGAGAAUGGAUCCUGGAAACCAUCGACUCCCUGCGCUCGAGAAAAGCCCGACCGGACCUGGAAAGGAUCUGCCGAAUGGUCCGAAGAAGACACGGGUCAGACCCGGACAAAACCAGGGCUGAACUAGAAAAACUGAUCCAGGAGCAAACUGUGCUGAAAGUUAGCUACAAGGGGUCGAUUUCCUACAGAAACGCUGCUAAAGUGCAAAGAAAAUGCAGAAAGAGGACGGAGCAAACCACCGACAGCGGCGGCGAGUCUGCGCGUGAACAAACCAAACACGCCAGUUUCAAUAACAACGGCGACAGCGCGCUCAGUCUCACGGACCAAGAAGAGUGCGAGGAUAGGGAGCCCGAGGAAAGUGGGGUGAACCUGUGUCCUCCUGACCCCCUGCCUCAAACCUCGCCCUCCAAUCUCGAGAAGGAAGAAAAGAUUUUACCACAGCCUAGCGGAAACAGUUUUGUUAGUUGUGGCGCAACGGUCUGCUCCGCCGGGAGCGUGAAAGCAAGUGCAUCAAAAGACAAGAGAUUAGUCACCGUGGCGGGGGGACGCGAUGCUUCAAGUGCGAGAGACGAGACGCUCGGCGCUCGCCACGAGGGCAGUGAUAAUGACGAGAAAGAACCGAAAACUUGCUCGAGCGCCAGUUCGGCCGUCAGCAGUCCGCCUACGAGGAACAAGCUCCCCGCGUCACCCAAACUCAAGGGCUCUGGGGCGCCGGAGUCUCCGGACGAGAGCAGCGCUGAUUUGGGCGAUAGGCUGGUUGCCGCGGUCCGAAGUCUGUCCGAGAGACAUCGGGGCUCCGCCGCAACACGGGGCCACGCACCACUGGGACUGAAAGAGAUACUCGGCUACCUCAGCACACAGAGCGGGAUGCCCGGGGAGAAGCUGACCCGCAACCGCGUCAAAGUGGUGCUGGAGCGCGAGAUCGAGAGGGGUCGUCUCCGCAGGACCCGCCUCGGCCACAUCACUCUUCACGCGAGGGGGAUGGGGGCGGCCAAGCCGUCCGCGCGACUCCUGAAGAGCGCACUGCAGGACAGACAUCUCGCGAAAAAGGAGGAGGUGAAGGAGGAAGAAAGGAUGGAGGUAGAGGGUGAGGAUAAUGGCACAGAGGAAAACAUAGUGGGCUCAGCGGAGGAUGUUCCCGUGAGCAUCAGUGAUGGAGGUCCCACAGGUGUCAAAACUUGCACUGACCCAACAUCACCUGACAUGGAGGUCACCACUUCACCAGUGACUUCUGAGGGGAAAUCUCUGUCGUCUUUAUCGCUGGAGUCGUCAAACCAAUGCUCCUUACAGCAGGAAGUCGACGUGGGUGGAAGUGAAGAGCAAACAAUAUCUGUUGAGCCUGAGGAUGCCGGUACUGAGAAAAACGCAGAAACGCCUGAUCAGCUACAUCCCAGCAUGGAGGAUCAGGUGAAUGUGAUGUCAGAGACUGUAAAGGCUCCAUCAUCAAUGCCUAUAAGAAACUGCUUUAAGCUGGAAGUGGGAGUGUCGUCAUGUCUGCUGACUCCCUCUGCCUCACCGGGAGCAGCUGAAGAACGAGGGAUGAAUGAAGGAAUAGGUGGCUUUGUGAAGUCAGAGACAAGUGGCAUGAGCCCGGUGGACUGGACUGUAGCAGACGUGGCCAGCUACUUCACCGCGGCUGGGUUUCCGGAGCAGGCGCUCGCCUUCAGGACACAGGAGAUCGACGGGAAGUCCCUCCUACUAAUGCAGAGGAAUGAUGUGCUGACAGGCCUGUCAAUCAGACUUGGUCCCGCCCUAAAGAUCUAUGAAAGACACGUGAAGGUUCUGCAGAGGACCCAUUUCCAAGAUGACGAAGCUUUCUGCUGAUACAGACACACACGCACUUGUGUUUGUAUAUGUAUUAAGCGAUUGUACAUGAAGUAACUCGCAUGUACAUUUACCAAACAAUAUUUACUAGUCCCAGAACCAACAUGUUCUUAAAAAUAUUAAGAACUUCCUGAACAGAAACAGUUCUUGCUCCCGUCACACACAUAGUCACACAUACAAAUGUAUAUAUUUUUUCAAACGGCUAAACGGAAAAAGAAGCAUGGCAAGAUUUUGGGACAAAGAAGACUGAAAAGAGUUUCUUUUUUUAAGAAAUGUCACUUUUUUUUUUUGUAAAGGCUGGUGGAUCUGUGCAGUUAAUGCAGCUUUGAUGGAUACCACUGUUUGGAUUGUGACAUCUGACCCUGAAUUCAUUUCAUCAAGUGGAUUUUUUUCUGCAGAACUUCUUCAGCCCAGUAGAGGGCAGAACAUCUUUUUUUAAAGACCUCAUUGGUUUCAAUAUUGCCCAUGAAACCAAAUAAAGGCUGGAUGGUUUCCACAGUGCACAGUAACUUUUUGUUAAAAUUGUCCUCCAAUGUUUAAAAAACUGUCUGGUUACAGUUAAAUUCUGAUUGGAUAUUUGUUCUUGUAACUCUUUUGCAAUGACACUGAUAAUGUCUUCCUUCAGUGAUGGACUGUAUUCUUUUUUUCCUGACAUUCUAAAACAGAACUUGAACAUAAAAUGUUCCUCCCAGUGUUCAUGCGUCUUGCAUCAUUAUCUCCGCAAAGGUUUAUGCAGAUCUCCUGCACACAAUCAAGUGGGCUCAUCUCACAGAGGAUUUCCCUUUAAAGCCUGCAAGCAACUUUGACUCCUUUAAUCUCGGAUUUGCCAGCCAUAUCAUUGUGGCCUCACACGUGGAAUAUCACCAUUGAUGACAGAGCUUAACUUUUGUAAAUAUCAUUCCAUUUUUGAGGUGAAGUCCAAGUUGUGAAGCAAUGAAGAUAUUCCUUCACCAGCAGUUGUAGAAUGUGUCUGAAUUCCUCAGAGAGCCCUGAAGCCAUGCAGCUGUUGAACGUCACGGUUUGUAAAAUAUAUAUAUCGGCUCAUCAGAUAUCACUAUUGUUGAAUAUUAUGGGAACUGAGAAAAAAAAAGAAAAAAAUGUGUAAAACAAUCAAAUAACAAUGGAAGGAUCCAUUUGAAGAGGACCUAUAAUGCCCCUUUUCACAAGAUGUAAUAUAAGUCUCUUGUGUCUCCAGAAUGUGUCUGUGAAGUUUCAGCUCAAAAUACCCUACAGAUCAUUUAUAGCUUGUCAAAUUUGCCCCUAUUUGGGUGUGAGCAAAAACGUGUAAUUUUUGUGUGUCCCUUUAAAUGCAAAUGAGCUGCUGCUCCCGCCUGCUUUCCAAAAGAGGGCAGAGCUUUAACAGCUCACACUUCGGUUGCUCAACAACAACAAAGCUGGAGAAUCUCACGCAGCCAAAAUGAGGAUUGUCAGUAACGGUGUUCAGCCUUACAUUGUUCAAACCGGAGUCGGACACUGAUGGAGAGACUCAGGAAGAAGUUACAACUUUUUGAAUGCAUCUGGACAUGUAAAACAAUCAGAUAACAAUGGAAGGGACUUGGAUGUGGAAAUGGGACACACUGAAUUGCUAACAUGUUGGUUUACCCGCUCUUUAGCUCCAGUGACUAUUGUAUCGUUAAACUAAUUGCACAUACAGAUGGAUCCAUCACACUUGUAAAUGGGACUGUUACUGAUUCUGUCACUUAAGGCAGGUUCAUUUCCAUUGCGAAGAAACCCUGAAUGAGUUUGCUCUGUGCAAUAGGUCAAACUGAUUUCAGAUUACAGAAACCUUUGUUUCACCUGACAAUUGUAGCACCUCAAAUUCCUCAAACUGUCAAUUUAUUUAUUUCUUUGUAUGUUUGUUUAUAAAAUAAUAUCUUCGUUUUUAUGACGUUUAUAACUCCCUGUCUAAAAUGUGCAGAGGUUCUUAGGUUGAUUUACGUUCUAAUGUUGUCUUAAGACCACUUGUAACAUAAAAAGCUGGAACUCACUGCAAUGUUGAUCCCGCCUCCAUGACGUACCUCUUUUCUAGUCUGACUUAUUAACCAAGAAGAAUGUCAACAAACUUUUAGAAAGGUACUUAUAGAAAUGCCACAUAACACAAAGGAGAUAACUCAUUUUAGAUGUUAUGAGAAGCUACAACCAUUGAGAUGUAAUAUUCAAGGGUUUGCCAGCAGAGGGUGGCAUAGAUGCCAAAAUGUUCAGUCUGGGAACCAAUUGUAAAUGUCAUCAGGGUUAUUAUGUAUUAUGUGUACCGUCAGCCAUAAGUUUCAACACAAGCGACCAGCAUCCGCCUUGAUGAAUGUAGAUGCUGUGAUAGUGACUAAUGCAUUGUCCAAUCUUUGUGCAAAUCAUUGAAUAUCCAAGUGUUUCUUCAUUGUGCUCUUUCCAACGUUAACACUUUAAUGUUCAGUUCAUUUUGAGGAACUUCAGCCUUAGGCUGAUCGAACUGAACAGCAACUAUUUCUUGUCUUCUUGCUGCUUCUGUUUAUCUCUGUUGUUUUGUAAUGAAAAUAAAACUGAAAGCUUUUUGAUUACUUGCAUUAAAAAUGACAUUCCGUAUGACCAAAAUGAA